CAUUCUGGAACAUUCUGAGUCGGUGAGUGAGGAGAGAUUAAAGGCUGUGAAAGUGUGAAGAGUGAUGAGUUAAGAGAGUGGGUUGAGGAUGUCGAUAGUGCCAAUCAAGCAGGAUGGUGAGGGCGAGGGCUCUAACUCUUUGGUUGAUGCAUUCUUGGGUUCCCGUAUGGAGCUGUGGGACCCCUUCCACUUCAUGCCCGCCCCGUUUUCCAACAUGUUGUCGGGUUUGGGAUUGGGGUCAUCCGUGAACACCCGCUUGGACUGGAGGGAGAAUUCGAAGGCACACGUGUGGAAGGUGGUGCUACCUGGCUUCACCGAUGAGGACGUUCUGGUUGAGCUCCAAGAGGAGAGGGUGCUUCAGGUGAGCGUGGAAAGCGGCAACUUCAUGAGCAGAUUCAAGGUACCUGAUGACGCUAACCUUGAGCAACUCAAGGCCAAUAUGCACAACGGGGUUCUGCUUAUCACUGUUCCCAAGUAUCAACAAGCCUCCAACAUUAGGGUCGUUGAGAUUGAAGGCUCUGAUUGAUUCUCUGUUUGCUUCCUUACACUAAUGCAAUGUUCGUGUUAUCACUGUAUGUAUGUUAAGAAUGUAUACCAUAUGUGUGCGGUUUAACUAAUGUACGUAUGAAAUGUUAGUGUUUACCACUUAGUUACUAUUCAGUGGGUUUUAGGUUCUAAGACUCGGAUGAGUUGCAAGAGGUAUGUAUUAGGGUAUGAGUGAAUUAUGAGAUUUUGGGUUUGAUCUCCUUACGGUUAUUAAGAGGAAAAUGAUAGGUUAUUAAAAGCAACUAAACUCAUAAGGUCAACAAAUUAUUAUUA